CGCGCCGCGCUCUGAUUGGUCCCGCCGGGGCCGUGCUGUGCGCUGAUUGGCUCCGAGCGGGGCCGGGGGCGGUUUGAGCGGCGGCGGCCAGCGCGGCGGCGGCUCCGGCACGAUGCUGCCCCUGUCGCUGCUGAAGACGGCUCAGAACCACCCCAUGCUGGUGGAGCUGAAGAACGGCGAGACCUACAACGGGCACCUGGUGAGCUGCGACAACUGGAUGAACAUCAACCUGCGAGAGGUCAUCUGCACCUCCCGGGACGGUGACAAAUUCUGGAGGAUGCCGGAGUGCUACAUCCGCGGCAGCACCAUCAAAUACCUCCGCAUCCCCGACGAGAUCAUCGACAUGGUGAAGGAGGAGGUGGUGUCCAAGGGCCGAGGCCGCGGCGGGAUGCAGCAGCAGAAGCAGCAGAAGGGCCGCGGGGUGGGCGGCGCCGGGCGAGGUGUCUUUGGUGGCCGUGGCCGAGGGAUCCCAGGCAGUGGAAGAGGCCAGCAGGAAAAAAAGCCGGGCAGGCAGGCAGCGAAGCAGUGAGGGGCUGCCUGCGCCCUGCCCAGGGACGGUGCCGCGAUGCUUUUGGGUUCGAUCGCACCUCAGGAUCGCCACGCCUCCAAAAAUCUUCUGUUCCUGCUCCUCCGCCAGGCGAAACCUGCCCCAAUCUCGUAGUUCGGAAACCCCUCGUGAUUUGACCUGGGACAGCGGGGUUCCUCCCUUUCCAGCCAGCAAAUCUGCGAUUGGAAACGGCCAAAAAGAAAAAAAAAACAAAAAAAUUCACGGUGAAGGACUUCACUCCGUGCCCUCUCCGCAGGGUGGGAGCACGAUUUAAUUUGGGGUCACCAGGUGUAAUUUCAAAUAGUGGUGUAGGAACCGAGGCGACCGCUUUCCAGAUUUUGUGUUAGGGUUUUGGUUUUUUUUUUUUCCUUUUUUUUUAUACUUGAAGCUUUGUAAAAUCGUUUCGUUUGUAACAGCCGCAGGCGUUUUGGUUUGAAAACACUGAACUUGAGGAUAUUGUGUCCCUACGUGAGUCGUCCUAAAGGUUUGUUUGGGGUUCUUUUUAUCGGAACAGACCCUGAAGCCACCUCCUUAUCCCCUGUUCUUGGCCGGUCACCUCUGGCUCUCCCCAAAAAGAGAACCUGGGGUGAGCGUCUUGAAGGGUUGCUCCCCCCAGAGCUCUGCGAUGAGCGAGGGUUUCCCAAUUAGCAUCUUCCUAAUUUGACUCCAGAUUAGAAAUUUCCUUUCCUUUAAAGGCUUUUCUGUGUUUUCUCGGGGCAGGCUGGUGUGCCCCUUACUCCGAAAUUAUUUUUUUUGGUGUUGUUUUCUUGAAAAGCAGCCGAGCUGGCCGUUUCCCCCUGUGCCUGUGACGUCCUGAAAUCUGAUUUUUUUUCUUCCAACCCACAGGGUGCGGGGUCCCACGGACAAAAUGCACCCCAAAAUUGAACUGAAAGCCUGUGGAGGAGCACAAGGGGGGGAAGAAAGAGAUUUUAGGCCUUGCCUGACCUCCCUGGUGAAUGAAAUCGUGUCAUUUUAGGGGAAAAGCAGAAGAUAUUGGAACUCUGAACAGUUCCUUGGUUUUGUGAUUAUUUUUUUUUGGUUUCCUACAAUUUCCCCGCUGAAGCCUGCUCGCUGUCCAUCGCCACUGCUGGGAAGAGAAAAACGAGUCGAGAACGUGCUUUUAGAGACUUAUUUUUUUAAAAACGUUCAUAAAACCCGGGCGCAGGGGUGAGUAGGAAUAAAGCGACCUCUCUCCUCGCUGCCCCUCGUGUCAAUAAACACCCGAGGAAUUGGGGCUAAAACCUUGCUUUUUACCA